AUGCGCGUCACACGCGCAUGCCCUACGGUAUCUCACCUUCUCUUUGUUGAUGAUAGUCUUUUCUUCUGUAAGGCAGAGCUCUGUGAAUGUGAAGAAGUAAUGAAAGUAGUCAGGACAUAUGAUAAAGCAUCUGGCCAAUAUAUUAACUUUGACAAAUCUUCCUUACUCUUUGGUAAGAGGAUUAAUGCAGCUACUAGGCAAGAGAAUAAAGAUGCACUUGGAAUACAUAAUGAUGGUGGGAUGGAAAAGUACUUGGAAAUCCCAAAGGAUAUUAGUGCCUCCAAAUGCAAACUCUUUACAUUUCUAAAGGAUAGCCUGAUGCAUAGAGUGAAUGUAUGGACUGGUAGAUGGCUCUCAAAAGGGGUGAAGGAGGUAAUGAUCAAAUCCAUUUUACUCGCUCUUCCGACAUACGUUAUGUCGACGUUUAUGCUUCCAUUGGAGAUAUGUGAAAACUUCGCAAGUACCAUUGCACAAUUUUGGUGGAGUUCGAAUCCACCAAAAAGAGGAAUACACUGGGCGAAAUGGAAAAAGUACCCCGAUUCACUGGUUGCCCAAGUCUUGAGGGGCAGAUAUUAUAGGAUGACCUCGCCAUUAAAAGCAAUUUCUGCAAGUAGUCCAUCAUAUGUGUGGACAAGCAUCUUCGCCGCAAGGAAGCUUUUACUUCUGGGGAUCAGACAGAAGAUUCAUUCUUGUUAUAAAGUCAAGGUGUGGAAGGAUUCAUGGAUUCCAAUGACGCCUGCUAGACCAGCUACACAUGUAGCGUCUGUGAUGCACCCGAAUAUGAGAGUUAGUGACCUCAUUAAUCAGGAAUCGAAGGAAUGGGACGUACGACUACUACAGGAUUAUGUCCAUCCUGAUGACAUACCACUCAUUCGCAGUAUGGCCAUAAGCUCUACUCAUCGCUGUGAUACUUUCUGUUGGAACUACAAGAGAAAUGACCAAUACACAGUUAAAUCCAGAUAA